UACUUUUUUAUACUCUCAACUGGUGGUGAAAUUGAAUUAAGAAUGUUGAGCCGCCAUCUCCCAGAGGACGUGGUGACUGAAAUUUUGUCGACGCUGCCGGUAAAAUCGUUGAUGCGAUUUAAAUCUGUGAGUAAAGCCUGGUAUGCUCUCAUCAGAAACCCUCAUUUCAUCACAAAGCACCACACUUCCGCCAUUUCUGAUCACAAUCGCAAUCACUGCCGUCGAGUCAUCCUUGAGCGUUACCGAGCAAUAGAUACCCCACGUUUCUCCAUGCACUCUAACGACACCCUGGAGUUUUCCGGCGACAUACAUCUCAUCCCACAAUUGUUCUCAGAAGAUAUUACCCCAGUACUUUUCAUCGGUUCCUGUAAUGGAAUAGUUUGUGCUGUUGGUAUUUCUGCAGAGCGUUUUCAUUUUGGUCCUGAUCCAGACCGGGCUUGGGAGAUAGGGCUUUGGAAUCCUGCAACCAGAGAAUCUAAGAGGCUUCCGUUUGUCCCUCGCCCGCCUGAUUUUGUCCCUUUCCCCCCUGAUUUUCGCGUCCCGAGUUACGAUUUUGGCUUUGGUAUUGAUCUCAACACCAAUGACUUCAAGGUGGUUAAAAUCACGUGCUUCUAUUCUCCGCGGCAUUACCAAGUUGAGGAUCUCCUGCUGACAUUGCCAUUAUCAAUGACUCUGUAGCUGUGAUUUUUCCUACGUAUAGUAAUAGUAGUAGGAAUGACGUUGGAAUAUCAAUGGAGUAUGAAAUAUGGGUGAUGAACGAGUCUAUUGUGGAAUGUUCUUGGACUAAACUAUUUACGAUUGCAGUACCCAGCCGUCCUUUACAAUUUCGGGACGAUGGUUUGAUUGUGCUUAACGGCGGCCAUUGUGUUUCAGAUAAAUGUUUGGUAUUGUUUGAUCCAAGAACAGGAGAACUAAAGAAUCUUCCAAUAUAUGACGAAGGCUCGGAAAUGUUUAAGCUGGUGAGUUACAGAGAGAGCCUAGUUUUAGUUAAUGGAUGGAGGAAUGUGCUUGAGCAACAAUACACUUGAUCAUUAUGAUAUUGUUAUCACAGAUUUGGACUAUAUAUUAUUAUUUAUGUAUUCCAAGAGUACUAUAGAUCAUUAUCGAUGUUGUGAUUUUGGUCAUGGGGUCAAUUGACUGCUUAUGUAACAAAAGUUGAUUUAGUUGAAGAGUUGGUCCUAUUUUGCUUAAAUACAAUGGUUUGUGGAUUGGAAUUACAUGAGGACCAUGACGUCCAGGAGUAUGACAGAUUUUAGCUUCAAUUGAGAUGGUUUCACUUUAAAGUAUAUGGCCAUUGGCUUAAUAUUGGACAAAAAGUGAAAGCACAGGG